AUGGUCCCCACGUCAUAUCUUUCCAAGGCCCUGCGCGCAGAGCCUCGCAUAAUAAUAACCGUGAACGUGACACCACAUAAGUGUGGUACAAAAGCUGAAAUGCGAAGAUUCAGUCGCACAUCUCCAAAUCCCAUGGCUUACUCUCAUCCCCUCAUUGCUUCGGAUGGACUCCCUGCAGAGCGCGAUAUCAUGGAAGGCUUGAAAAAGUCUCAUCCUGUCGACACUUUGUCCAUCCAUCCUGUGACUAAUGAGAGACCGACUGCAACUACGUCCACAGCUGUGCGAAACCUCGAAUAUAUAGGAUCUUACAACUGGACAAAUGCAUCUGACGCUGCCGAGAUCAUAGUUCCAGGCUCAGCACCAGAGUGGACUGAUCGCUCGCUCCCUAUCAAGCUGAGUCCGGACAGGGGUGUGCGUUUCUCGCAUCAGAAUGGCUUCAAAAGCCCUUCGUCUAUCCUGUUGCCACUAUUUAAAUCGGUAGACGUGCUCAACAAGGAGGUCGACUGGCCAUCUGUAGAUUUUGUUGUUGACCGAAGUGGACUGAGAAAGAUAAUGAGGUGGAUCAGUGUCGACGACGUCAAGGAUUUCAGGAUCGAUAUGGAGCUCGCUGGGAAGCAGACCGUUUUGCUUAAUAGAUGGGAGGCCCGAACGAGGGAAAUUAUGCCAGGGUAUACAUAUGGGUUUAAUUUCGAGAAGGCCAUGACUGCCGCUGUUCCUGGGUGCGAGAAGGCCACUAGCCAUCAUCGGAUAGUUAAAUAUGCAUGUGCUCACUUUUCGUGGAGUCAAGAUGUCCAUGGCUUACCUCCCUUGCAGGACUUCUGUGGCUUGAAGUUGGUGGUCCGAUUUGAGGUCGAUGCAUGCCUCCCACCCGCAACUCCGAAGAGAAGCGCCUCCCGAGCAAAUAUGUCCUCAAACCCAGAGGAUUUGGCUGAUGCCUUGGUCGGCCUCAAGAUUACACCCAGCAAACCCGUAACUCCGUCGGUUGCAUCACGCUCGUCUCCCGCCGCAUCCGAAGCAGGGUCAUCCUUACAACUUCGCAUUCUUCGUGCGGGCGUUGAACAGCCGCAAUCAUCGAUCAUAGAACUCACAACACGCUCUGAGAAAACGAUUCACAAUGUCAAUUCGACUGACCAAUUCCUACAACUUUAUUUAUCACAAACACCCCAUUUAUACGUUGGCGUUCAUUUUAAGGGAAGGUUCUUCGACGUUAGGAAGCAGGGGCUAGAGAGUUCAGAGUUAGUCUCCCAGAGAGAAAAGGCGGAAUCGAGUUUGAGGCAGUUGGGAAACACGCUGCGGAUGAUUCAGAAGAUCGUAGUAAAGCAUGGAAGAACAGGCAGGCUUAGUCUGGUGUGUGAGAAGGGGACGCUGCGGGUUUACGAACGUGUUAGCACACAGAGCUGUCUACCGGCGGAGGUGAUGCAGCGGUUUGAGACGUAA